AUGGCCCAAGCAACAGACAAAAUCUACCGCUCCUGGCCUCAUGGCCCGCCGACAUACACGCAAGCCAACCCAGGCCAAGCCCGCGAUAUCACACAGAACAGCGGCUGGAACUAUUCUCUCUUCGACUGCUGUGACCCGGGUUCACUGUGCCUGAUGAGCUGGUGUCUCCCGUGUUUGACAUUCGGGAAAACACAAGCUAGGAGCCAGGAUGCUAGCUUGAAUAGCUUUAGUUACUGUAAUGCAGAUUGCACCAUUUUCACUGGUCUCGCUUUCAUUUACUCCCACUGGAUCAUCCAGACGAUCAGACGUGGUGAGAUGCGUGAACGCUUUGGUAUUAAGGGUAGCUGUUGUGGGGAUUGCUGUGUGACGUUUUGUUGUUCGUGCUGCGCUCUCAUCCAGGAGGAGAAGGAGGCGGAGCUGCGGACGAGAGCGGAGUUGCGGUAUCAGAUGACGCCGGGGAUGGAGUAUAAAUGA